UGCCUGUUGCUGCUAAUCAAUUUCGCUGGUAUUGCCAAAAAAGCCUAUUUUGAGAAAUGUUGUACUCUAUUGCAAUUCACUACAAUACAAAAUGUGUUGGCGCGCGCUAUGGUGGGUGGCAAUCAGACAGUUUGUGGUGCUGUUUUUCAAAUAUCACAAUUUGAACGAUUUCCACAAAGUGAAGUGGCGAAUCAUAUCUCAAAAUUAACGCCAUAUAAGGGAGUGGGUAGCUCUGCUGCACCCAAUGUUGAUGGUGAUCAGUGGCAAAAGUUAAAUAUUAUUAUGAAAAGUCAUAAAACAUUUGUUGGCAAAGAGAUGGAGGAGCGACUUAAUGCUUUAAUUGAUGUGAUCAGUAAUGCACAUCGUAAUAAUCAAAUACAAAAUGUAGCCAUGUCGCAGAUUAUUGAAUUAUUCAAUUAUAAGAGUGAAAUUUUUAGUUGCGCGGAAAGUUGCAUGCAAAGACGGCUGGAGAUCGCCAGCCAAGAGAUAACAAAUCUAACACAACGCAUCAAUUUACAAAAUGCUGAGUUACAAAAAUACGAAAUGAUGAAUUUUGAGCUGCAUGUCAAUCAAGAGGGUCUGCAAACACAGUGCCAAGAUUUAAAACAGCAAAAGGAUAAUUUGAAACAUAAUUUGGCAAGUUUAAUGAAGAAGUUAUCUGAGCAGUCAGAAUCAUUGCAAAUAAGCGAAAAGCGUUUGACUGUCAAAGUGUCGGAAGUAAUAGUUUUACAAAAGGAAAAUGGAGAACUUAAAGAGGAACUGACUUCAAAAACCAAGGAANUUUUAUCUUCCUUGCCAUAGGUCACCCGCAUAGAAAAGUUGAAAAAGUCGAUUGCUGCUUUCGAACUCGAUAUAAAAGAAAAGUCACGCAUCAUUGAAGAGCGUGAGCGAGAGCUGACUAAAAUGCAUAAACUCUACGAAGAGCAGAAGGAAGCGAAGAAGAAAUGUGACGAUGUCAUCUCAGUAUUGGAGGCGCAAAUUCAGGACAAAAAUGAACAAAUACGCAAUUACGAGUUGGAGUUGAGUGAAACAGAAGAGUUACGCAAAACU